CUCUUCUGGCCGCUUCGGGUACCUUUCGUUAGAGCUUGGUCUCUGCUCACCUCCGUCUCGCAACCCAACUUCCUCCUGCUCAUCCCCCACCCAGCGUACCCCAUCCACUCUUCUACCUUCCCAAUACCAUCAUACCCUCCUUCAGCUGGGAGCCGCGCUACAGAUGAAUCAGUCCAUCAUCCGCCUCACGCGUGAGAUUAGUGAGCUGAACAAGACUAGCGACCUCUCAAUCGCGGUUGCCUGUCGAGAUGCGGAUGUUCGAAACGUCAGGGCUGUCAUCCUGGGACCACCCGACACGCCGUACGAGUUCGGAUUCUUUGAGUUCUCGAUGAAGUUCGGCAGAGACUACCCCGCCAAAGCCCCAGCCGUGAUUGCGCUUUCGACAAACUCUGGAAGAACUCGAUUCAACCCGAACAUCUACGCCGGCGGAAAAGUCUGCUUGUCAAUUCUUGGAACAUGGAGAGGCGAACGCGGCGAAGAGUGGUCAUCGGCGCAGGGACUUGAGUCCAUCUUAAUAUCAAUCCAGAGCCUAAUGUCCUCAAAUCCGUAUGAGAACGAGCCGGGUUUCGAAAACGCCAAUCAAGAACACGAUAAGGAGAACAAAAAGGCUUAUGUUCUCAAGAUUCGACACGAGACUCUACGAAUAACCGUCAUCGCCCGUCUGGAGGAGUAUCUGGGCAUCAAUGCCGACGGAACUCUGCAACCUUCGCCUGCGCCGCCGGAUCUCGAGUCCUCUGAAGAUGGCGACACCUCCCUUGCGGAUCUAGAAGGCUCUAUUUUGUUCGAGCCUUUCAAGGAUCUGUGCAAGCGACGAUUCUUGUGGUACUACGACAGCUAUAUGACUUCCAUCACCGCAGAACGCCCGAAAGUGACCGAUGGCCAGGUUUUUGUGAGGAUGCCGUUCGAGCACUCUGGAAAUACCAUGGAGGGCAGGUUCUACUACACAGAGCUGGAGAGGAGAAUCAAGCUGGUAAGGGAGAGAUUGGACAAGGAGACGGAGAAUUGGGCGGCGGAAGGAGCCAUCAUGGCCCAGAGGGAGAGUGGAGUUGCAGCCAAUCUCCAGAGACAGUACGAGCAGACAGUUGAAUAUUACAAGAAGAGCGACUCCGUCACGUUGGACAUUGAACUCGUUGACAAGAAUCCCUUCCUUUGGCGAGUGACGUAUUUCGGUCGCCCCAUGACCAACCUCGAUGGUGGCCUAUUCAAUAUCGAGAUUGCUUUCAGUCCUCGAUUCCCAAUCGAGCACCCGAGAGCUCGGUUUAGGACCCCAUUCUAUCACUACAGGGUUACCAGCGAUGGCGUUCCGUGCUAUACUGUGACCAAGACAGACGAGGGUAGGGCGCAUAUCGAUGCCAUCAUCCACCUCAUGGAGGAAGAGAACGGGCCAUACGAUCCGCGCACUCAAGUCAACCAGGAGGCUUCUAAGCUUUACUGGGGCACCCCCGAGCAGAAGCGGGAGUACAACAGGAAGCUCAGGAGGUCUGUACAAGCCUCCAUGGACUACGCUUAAGUUGGGGGUGGAUACAGCCGAUUUGUCUACGGCCGGAGAACGGGAGGGAUAAUCGUUUUAGUAAUGCACAAAAGGCUUGGGUGAAUAUUCUUACAGGCGCCCUGGGUUUAGAGCUCAUGACUUGCUAGGGCGUGUCAGGCACGGGGAUUUCUUUUAGAGUUGUUGUGAGGCGAGGCGUUGUUUGGUCUGCUCAGGGUUUUCUUGCAUUUCUCUACAAUUUGUGUUGUAUCUGCUUUUCAAAUUACGGAUAUUCUUCGUGUCAGUAUACGGUAACUGCUCAGUUCUGCACACGAAAGCAUUCUGCCGAC